AUGACACGAAACCUUCGUAUUGCUGUAUUGGAGUGCGAUACACCGUUUCCCGCUGUCCUUGAAAAGCGUGGACCAUAUGGCGAUGUCUUUCGUACUCUCCUCGAUAAGGGACUGAAGCAUGAGACAUUAGGUGACAAGGCGAAGGAUGUGAGCUAUGAGAUUAGCAGAUGGGAUGUUGUCACAGCUCAGGAGUAUCCUAGUAUUGAAGAAGUUGAUGGCUUCUUGUUGACGGGAAGCAAACACACAUCCUUCGCUGAUGACCCUUGGAUUUUGAAGCUUGUCGAGUUUGUCCAAAAGAUUUAUACAGCUACGGAUAAACCUAUUGUGGGUAUUUGUUUCGGCCAUCAGAUCAUCGCUCGAGCACUGGGCGCAAAGGUUGCUGUUAGUCCUGGCGGUUGGGAAGUCUGCGUCGACAGGAUCGAUCUCAACGAGACGGGUCAAAAGCUAUUGGGCGUCCCAUCGCUUGGUCUCCAUCAAAUGCACAGAGACGCAGUCCUCGAAAUCCCAGAGGGUCUGGUCAGUCUUGGUAGCAGCUCCAAGUGCGAAGUGCAAGGACUCUACAAGCCUGGUCGCAUCAUAUCAUUCCAGGCUCAUCCCGAGUUUGACGAUUUUAUCAUGGAGCAGAUUAUGGAGGCGAGAUAUGCGCAAAAGAUCUUCUCUCAGGAAAUGUAUGAGGAGGGCAUUACAAGGGCGAGGGCGGCGCAUGAUGGAGUUUUGGUGGCGGCAAAGAUUUGGGAGUUUUUGCUUGGCAAUUAA